GGUACCUUCACGUCAGCAUAAACUCCACCCCAACAAUGUUGUACGUAUGAGCUAUCCCGUGAUUCCAAUUGCGAGCAACUUAUAAAUGCAAGACUAUAGACGACACUCCCAAAACAAUACAUCUUAGUUUCUUUCAUUCUCAUUCAUUAAAUCACCAUGCAAUCAAUCAACGGCCACAGCGCCGCAUGCUGCAACAUCCCACCGGUCGUUUCAAAAGGAUACACUCCUAAAGGUACCUACGAAACCAUCGGCGGACUUAAAACUUAUGUUUCUGGGUCGCCAUCCGCGAAGAAAGCCAUACUGGUCAUCUACGAUAUCUUUGGAUACUAUCCACAAACCAUUCAAGGUGCAGAUAUUCUAGCCCGGGGAUCGGGGGAGGAAUAUCAAGUUUUCAUGCCGGAUUUCUUCGAAGGAGAACCGGCGAAGAUUGAGUGGUACCCGCCGGUGAAUGAUGAACAAAUGAAAGCACUUAUGGAUUGGUUUGCUCCAAGGAAACCAGAUAUUGCAAUUGAGAGGAUUCCAAGUAUCUUGAAGGAUAUUGAAGAGAAAUAUGGCGAGAAAAGUUGGGGUGCCGUGGGGUACUGCUGGGGCGGAAAAGUCAUCGCCAUAACAUCCGGUCCGAACAGUCCAUGGAAAGUGUCAGCGCAACUGCAUCCCGGUAUGAUGGACGUAGAAGACGCGGGGAAGGUUGCAAUUCCCCACGCCGUGUUGGCAUCGGAGGAAGAAAGGAAAGAUAUGGAUGCUUAUGGGAAAGAGUUGAAGGUGGAGAAAUAUGUUGAGACGUUUAAGGAUCAGGUGCAUGGAUUUUUGAGCGCGAGAGCGGAUUUGGAGGAUGAGACGAAGAGGAGUGAAUAUGAGAGGGCUUAUGGGGUUUUGGGGGAGUGGUUUGGAAAGUUUUUAUGAUUGUCGUCUGGUGUAUAUGUGUAUUAGUCUAGUGAACAGACCGCGACUCGGAGCCUUAUGUCCAAACAGUGAUUUUUGCUUGGUACUAAUUUUAUACUUCGAAUCUUCUUAAGAAACAGGCUUGAAUAGGUUAAAAAUUAAGUUGAGAAAUUAUGUAUAGAAAAAAGCUUCUUGGUUCUUGCAAAUUAAUAUAGAAAAGAGCAAGCUCA